AGUCAUAUCGAAUUAUUGGUAAAAAAUUUUAAAAAUGAUGCAAACUAAAGAGAAGAAGAAUAAAGAAGAUAGACCUUAUAAGUGUACAUUCUGUGAAAAAGCAUUCCAUAGACUAGAACAUCAAACCAGACACAUCAGAACUCAUACUGGAGAAAAACCCCAUGCUUGUACAUUUACUGGGUGUACUAAACGAUUUAGUAGAUCAGAUGAAUUGACUAGACAUUUACGAAUCCACAAUAAUCCAACUAAUAGAAAAAGAAAGAAUAAAAAUGAAGUUGUAAAUGUCGUGGAGCCAAUUCCUAUUGGUUACCAACAGCAACCAAAUGGAUAUCCAGUCUAUUUUGUCCCACAACCUAACGGAUAUAUGCAACCAGUUGUUCCCCAGCCACAACCAGGACAAAUGAUGCCAAUUCAAGUCCAACCAAUUCACAUGCAACCACAACAAUUACAACAACCACAAAUCUCCAGACCUCAAUCAGCUCAAGCUAUUCCAAUUCCAAACCAUUAUAAACAACAAGGGACAGCUGUAUUUUCAUUACCAUCUUCCCCAACUAACUUUGUUCAACCACAACAACCAUACCCACAACAACAAGUGCAACAACACCUUGCUAGCACAAGGCCGAUGAAUAUGUCCAGAACUACUUCUUCUGAAGGAUUAAAGUUACCACCUUUGAAUCAUUCACCACCUACCAGAUUGAUCUCUGUGGAAUCUAACUCUAGCAUCGGAUCAAUUAACAAUUCUAGCGGUGUUUUCAGCCAAGCUAGUUCGACAUCUCAUUCAUUAGGCACUUCUCCAGAAACUGCUUAUCCACCAACAGUUGGCGCUACUACUCCUUCAUUUACUAACUUGAAUGAUUACUUCCUGAGUAAAAACACAAGAAUUUUUAAUGCUAGUUCCACUUCCUUAAGCUCGUUAACAAGCAAACUUAGAGUUUCAAAUUCUUCCAACAACUUAACUGCAUUGCCAAGAAUGAUUACUCCUUUGAACAAGUCAAGUUCUCAAUCUUCAAAAAUUACAAAACAACAAUCUUCUACAUCAUUAAACUUGGAAUUUUUCCAACAAUCUCAAUUCAGAAAAUCACGUCCAAACUCACCAACAAUGGGCAGCAAACGUCAAGUACCUACUGGACCAACAACACAACAAGCACCAUUUGUAAUUUCACCAAACGAUACCCCAUUACAAACUCCAAUUCAAUCUCCACAUUUACGUCCGGCAUCUGCUGCUCCUCCAUCUACUGGUUUCGAUAGAUUGUUGAUUGCUGAAGCCACAGAAAAGUUGGCCAGUAUUGCUAAUAAGGGAACUACAUUGCCUCCAAUUAGAUCUGUGUUAAGCUUCACUUCCUUGAAAGACUAUCCUGAACCAGUAGUUCAGGAUAAAAAGAUGAAUUUGAAUAACAUUUUACAAUAAGCGGGUUUUACUACGUUUCGGUUUUGUAUAUUUUGGGUAUCUUAAUUUUGUAUAUGGGUAGGAAUUUCUUAAUAAAAAUUGUAUUAUU